GAAUAGAAUUUAGACUCCUCCUCGUCGUGUGUGCCGUUGCGAGGGGUCCUUGAUGGGGUUCUCAUCACCCAUGUAACAGCUACAAGCAGACACUGUAGCGCUGGUUAACAAUAUGGAGUAGCAUGCACGCUUUUGGCCAUUAUUUUCUUCCAUUCUUUUUGAUGGAUGUGAACGUCGAUUGGAAUAAACGUUCAUCACACGACUGAGAUCCAGACUGAUCCGUUCCUUGCUGAGACAACAUGGCUUCUGACAACACACAGCGCAGUUACUCAAUCAUCCCCUGUUUCAUCUUCGUAGAGCUGGUGAUAAUGGCAGGGACCGUCCUGCUGGCCUACUACUUUGAGCUGACCGACACGUUCGGCAUCCACGUCCAGGGGUUCUUCUGCAACGAUGCUGACCUGAUGAAGCCUUACCCCGGGGUGGACGAGAGCAGCUUCAUCCCUCCCCUCAUCCUCUACUGCGUGGUCACCGCUGUUCCCACCACCAUCAUCUUCAUCGGGGAGGUCUCCAUGUACGUCAUGAAGUCCACGCGGGCGGUGCUACUAACCCAGGAGAAGACCAUGGUGACGGGGGAGUGCUGCUACCUGAACCCCCUGGUCAGGAGAGUCGUCAGGUUUAUUGGUGUGUUUGCGUUUGGUCUGUUUGCGACAGACAUCUUUGUAAACGCGGGGCAGGUGGUGACGGGCAACCUGACGCCUUACUUCCUGUCUGUGUGUAAGCCCAACUACACCGGCACCGAGUGUCGCUUCAACCACCAGUUCAUCUCCAACGGUAACAUCUGUACCGGCAGCCCGGUCGUCGUGGAGAAGGCUCGACGCUCCUUCCCUUCCAAAGACGCUUCGCUCAGCGUCUACUCGGCAGUCUAUGUCACCAUGUACAUCACUAGCACCAUAAAGACUAAGAGUAGCCGCCUGGCCAAACCGGUGCUGUGCCUGGGUACCCUGUGUACGGCCUUCCUCACCGGGCUCAACCGGGUCUCGGAGUACCGGAACCACUGUUCUGAUGUCAUGGCUGGGUUCAUCCUUGGUAGCUGUAUCGCUCUCUUCCUGGGUAUCUGUGUGGUGAACAAAUUUAAAGGAGCUCACUCCCCUCCUGCCAAACAGAAGACUGAGGAUUACCGUGGUCUCCCUCUAAUGACCUUACCCCGCAUUCAGAGCCCCCUGGAGAUGCUCAGCGCGCAGAAUCAUUCGGCAUCGAUGACUGAGGUCACAUGACUAGCGGGGACCGAGGGGGGACAACACCGGGUCACCUUUGCAUCUCCUCAACACAACUUCUAGGCACAAUGUUUUGUACUGUCCUACUACUGUAAAAAAAAAAAAAAAAAGGACAGUAUUCUGGUAUAACUAGUUAGAGGCUGAUGUUUUGUACAAGGGAGUAUGUGCUGUAGCCUACCUAACCCUGAAGAUGUUACUGUAGGUUUGUAAAUAAUAAGCAGGAAAUCUGUGAAUCCUCCUGGGAUUUCUGGGAACUUAGGGAAAGUUCCAACCCUGGUCUGAACUGAACUGUCAAGACUGACUUACAUAGUCAUUCCUCCUCUCUCAUCAUGUUUUACAUCACAAAGUAAAUCUAAUAUGCAGUAUCUAAUGUUAUGGAAAAUUUGAUGUCAUUCUGUGGUAUUUGUACAAAUACUUCGAUCUAUUCUGUUUAUUGACUAAAGUUAAAUGUUUUAUUUUUAUCGCUGUAUAAAAUAUUUUGUCUUUUUUUUUUUUGCCUGCUGUUUUUCAGGAAUGUUGUUGGUAUUCAUAAUGUUUUUGGGAAACAAACGUCUCAUUGGAUUGUGACUUGGUGUGGUAUUGUUUUCCUUCAUGGCAGAAUACAGAAACUGCCGUUCUCUCAGCAUGGAACUAAACAGUUGAACUGUUUAGUUCUCUCAGCAUGGAACUAAACAGUUGAACUGUUUAAAUACAUAUUCCUUAUUUGUAUAGUGUCUUUCUUUGAAAAAUACAUAUUUAUUUAGAAAUGCUGCAUAUAUUUUUCUUGAUUUGUGAACAAAAUAAAUAGUCCGUAGCAGAGUA